GAAAAAGAUUGAUAUCACUGGAGAAGUGACAUGCACCGGUACACCUGAAAUUGAAGUUUCUAGUAACGCAUCAGCUUUUGCGGUUUUUGCAAAUGUCAGAAGUGCAGUUCUAGACAAGCAUGCCAGAAAAAUUAAUGACGCUUACAGAGCCUCACACUGUACUUCUCCUCCACCUCCAGAAUUUAGUGAUAGUAUAGCAUCUGAAAGUGAAGAAGACAACCAUGGAUCAACCACACAAAAUUUACCAAAGAUUGUUGGUAUAGGUUUAAGGAGUGUUUUCACUCUUAUGAAAGAAAGUCGUUCAAUAGAACCAAUUUUGUGCACAAAAGCUUUAUGUGCACUCUUAGAUGUAUUACAAGGGCAAUUACCAGAAGGUUUGAAAAAUGAACCUGAUGAUGUCAUUGAUCAAUUAUUUGAAUUAUUACUUGAUCUUGCCACAUCCCAUGGACCUGAAUCUACUGCAGCUAAUGAUGGAACUCACUUGACGGCAGUUGCCUGUGCUUGUUUACUUAGUUUAGUUGUUGUACGUGGAGAUACUGGAAGACUUUUGGCUACUAUAGCUGCUUUACUUAUGAGUCCCAGAGCUCUUGUAAUGCAAAAUGUACAGAUGCCGGUGGUUCUUACUUCACUUCAAAGAAGUGUUCAUGCAGUUCUGCUUGGCAAAUUAGUUAGACCAGAUUGGAUUACUCAUGGUGUUCCUAAAACUUCAAAAAUUUACACUUCAGUUCUUAAGUUACCAAAAGAUAUUAAUAAUUUAGUUAUGAAUGGACGCAGUUUUGUUAGUGAUGGUAAAUAUUUGUAUCUUCAUACCAAUCGUGGUUUGUUGAAGAUUGGAAAUGGUCAUGGUGGAACUAUAUGGGGUCACGUGUACGCUCAUAAACCUGAUUUUUAUCCUUCAGAAACUGGAUGGAUUGGUUAUGCUAAUAGUUCCUUGUACUUCAAAUACUCACCCAAAAAACAAUGUGAGUUAAUGAUAUUAGAUCCUGAAACUUUAUCGAUAAGAGGUAUAGCUGUAUUGGAAGGUAAGGAUUGGUCUUCAUCUCUUAUGUUUUCUGAUGGUGAAAAUUUGGGAAUGAUCACGGCUGGUAAAGAUGAUGGAUUUGUGGUGCGUACUAUAAAUACUUUCAGUAACCCUGUUACUGUUACAUCAGAAUUACCUCUGAAAUUGGCUCGCAAAUGUGUCGACGUUUUUGGCUACGCAAAUUUUGAUGAAGAACAGUCGAGUUAUAUUCUGAAUCCUCGUUGCGAUGAUGAAAUAGCACAUGUUGCCGCAGGAAAGGAGUUUAUGCUAUUGAAAACUGUGUCAGGAAAAUUGAUGUACUCUGGGAAAGGGCGAUGUAUUGGUAUGAGAAAUAAUUUAAGAUCAAAUAAAUGGCAGGAAGUGGCAUUAUCGAGGAAGAACAAAGUUGUCGAUUUUGCGGUCGGUCACGAGGGACAACAUGUAAUAAUAAUUCUCGACGAUGGAUCUGUACUCUUUGCUGGAACAGCGAGACGAGGAGAAGAUGGCGAUACUAAUAAAGUUCGUCAACCAAAGCCAUCCAAACCAAAGAAAAUGCAAAAGAUUGACGGUAACUUCAUUGUAGAUGCAGCAUGUAAUAAUGGCACUACAGCAUUAGUUACAAAAGAGGGCACGCUUCUCAUGUUUGGUAAAGAUACCCUUUACAGCGAUGAAGCAACGGGACUCGUAUCGGAUCUCAAAGACGUAUUCAUUGUCAAAGUUGUUUUGGGCAAAGCUCACGCUGCCGUGCUCACUAAUAAAGGUCAUCUUUAUACGUUUGGCAUUAAUAAUAGGGGUCAGUGUGGUAGAGAUUUUUCCGGCACAUAUUCAUCUAGUAAGGAAAUUAACGUCACCGCAAUGGAAACAGGGAUUGCGGAUGACGAUGAAAAUGCGGCAAACGGUGUGAAAAAAAAGAGAAAGAAGAAACGGAAUCAUUAUUGUAUAAACGUGAAUAGAGCAGUGGACAAAUUUGUAAAAGACGUACAUGCCAAAACUCUCGUUACAAAACGUUCGCUUAAAUUUCCAGAGAGUUUAGAACAAAAUUACGAUUGGCCAGAGGCCAAAGGUAUCAUCAGAGUCGACGGUAUGUGCCCGCCAGGCCAGCAUCAAUGGAAGCUUCGGGCUUGCAUGAUAUGUACAGUCUGUCGCGAGUGUACAGGCUACAGUAUUUCGUGCCUGAGCAGCACUCGUCCCGAUCGAAAUCCCGGACAAGAGUGCGGCUGUGGCGAGGGCGACAGCGGCUGCGCCGAAUGCGGAUGCUGCAGACUGUGCGCAAACGAAAGUUGCGACAACGGAGGAGACAUACCGAUCUUGAGACCACCUGCCGCUUGUGGAAGUCCUCAAAUAUACGAUUUUGCAGUUGGGGAAUAUCUGAAAAAACGUUUCGAGGAGAAGAAGCCCAAGCAAUGGAAAGGAUCUAAUAAUCAGCAACGAGUGGGAGCAGUGCACAAAUCGCUCUCUGCCAAGCGACUAGCCACUGUUGCUGGCUCAUCGGCGCCGGGCGAAGAAGUUGUCAACGACGGCAGCGAUAUAGAACGAGGCGAGUCCACUCGCGUUGCCAGUAUACCACCGGCUCGGGUGCACUUUCCAUCCGACAGUCCCGUGGCUCAAAUCGCCUGCGGUCUCCAUCACACCGUCGUUCUUUUACAGAACGGCGAAGUAUACACUUUUGGCAGUAACAUUUACGGCCAGCUCGGUGUCGGGAAUCUCAUUGCUCACGCUGGCCCUAUGAUGGUCGAUAUACCGGGUACUGCGGUCCAGAUAGCCGUGGGUAGUAAUCAUACCGUAGUGCUUACGGCUAAAGGAGAGGUUUACGCCUUUGGAGCGUAUCAGAAAGGUCAACUGGGUAUGAAUUGGUGGGAAGAUCAACUGCAACAUCAGGAUCGUAAACACUCCGACGGUGCGAAUACAGCUUCGGGGUCAUUCAGUAACAAUCGAGAUUCGGAACGGACUCAACCUUGGCACAGUUUUCCCAAUGCCGUGCCUAACAUUGGAACCCGAUGGGGUAGAAAAGCCACUUGGAUAGGGGCUUCGGGCGAUCAAACAUACGUCAAGGUCGACGAAAUCAACAGUAUAAGCUUGACAAGAAGCUCCGUCAUGGCCAACGACUCGUGCAUAUUGUUGAUUCCUCACCAAACCGAGUAUCGCAAUAGUUUCAAGUGCCUGGUAAUAAAUAAACGGGACGGUACGUGCAACAGUUUCAGCGGUUCAGAUCAGAUCGACUUUAACAAUUGCGCCGCUUGUUUGGACCCGUUGUACAACGGCAUUUGGGCCUUCAAUCCUUCGACCAACGAAAUCAGCUAUUACAACGUUAUAUCGACGGAAGCUCGCGCGAUUCCUAAUCUCGAGGCGUCAAUUCUCAGUUCGGGUCUGGCGCUGCCCGUGGUACCGAAUUGUUACAUAACCAGGUCGCAGGCGGCCAUGCACUUGUUAGCGUGUCUAGAUACACUGACUCAAGCGCAGGAUGAAAAAUUGACCGUGACCGAGGGCAACGAGAAUAACCACGUAGUUAAUGGUAAAAAUUAUAGCAGAGAAGAUUUCGCCAUGGUUUCUAGAUUCGAGAAUCAUGGCGGGGGUUGGGGCUAUUCCGGACAAAGUAUCGAAGCUAUUCGAUUUAUGGUUGACACUGAUAUCUUAUUAGGUGGUUACGGCUUGUUUGGUGGUCGUGGAGAAUACACGGCUAAAAUUAAAUUAUUCGAUAUCGGUUUGGAGGGUGGCGAGGAGGAAACGGACGGCGACUUAUUAGCCGAAACGGACGAGAUACCUUACGAAUGUGAACCCCGUCAGAAGUACUCGAUUCUGUUCAACGAGCCGAUACCUCUGCAAGCCAAUCGAUGGUACGUCGCUUGGGCCAAAGUCAGCGGGCCGUCCAGCGAUUGCGGCUCGGGCGGUCAAGAAACAGUUACGGCCGAGGAUCAGGUGGUCUUCAAUUUCAAAACAUCGAAGGAGGCUAAUAAUGGAACGGACGUUAAUGCCGGCCAAUUACCUCAGCUAUUGUACAGGGUAACGACGCCGGAAAAUCAAAACUUGGGCCGGAAGCGCGAUCAAGCGGAACCCGUGUACAUAGUGAAGCGCGAAUUCAGUCGAACCGUCACCGAAGAAUGUUUCCAGUCGUUGAUAUCGCUGCUACAGUGGAGCUGGAAUACUCUUAAAGCCAGUGCAGUCGAUACUAAUUUACAAACCAAUACAUUCCCAAUGCAUAUCAUGGUUGAGAUGGAUCGACUAGUGUAUAUCAGUAAAGCUAGUCUAAGAUUAAUCAAAACGUACACUAAUGAAAUAUAUCCAAAUCAAAACUGUAAAAAAACGCCCUCGGAGAGCGUCAGACUGGCCGAGUGCAUCGGAGAAGUUCGAGCUCUACUGCGUCAAAUAUUAUCGGAUUCCGUGUCCACCGCCACAACCGCCAAAACGAAAAGCGGAAAGACUCGGGCGAACAAAACUUGCCUGGGCCAAUCCAUGACGAGUGCAGUGCUCGACGAGUGUUACAAAACUUUCGUCGCCUGCUAUCACGCGUUCUAUCCGACGGCCUACCUCAAGUGGACCUCCCUGUGCGAACUUCUGGCCGAGAUAGAUAAGGAGCAAGGCAUCACGAGCAAAGAUCGACUGCUGUCUGCCGUGCUGGCUUCACUCUGCAGUUCGACCGUCAGGCUGCGAUGCACAUUCCCGAUUCUCAACAACGUGAUGGAUUGCAGCGAUAGCGUCAAACGUCAGCUCAGUCCCUCGGAUAACGCUGGACUAUUGAUGAUGAAUCCGAGCGAAGUCCAUCACUAUCCGAUAUUGGUCGAGCAAAUAAGUUAUAAGAGUCAAGUCGAAAGUACCGGCAAACAAAUUUUGAACUGGUCCUUUCGGGAAGUUCUAGAUAGAUUAUUAGACCUCAUUUUGAUCCCGGUGAAGCGAAGCUUGAAUCGCGAAAAAAGCCAGUCACUGUCUCAUCUAGUCUUGCACUGCUGUCACCUAUUAGCUCGAGUGAUAAGCGAGCUCGCCGCCUACUCCAAUGGCAGCGAGGACGAACUGCAGGCGGCAUGCUAUAGAUUAAUGUACACCACGCCGUCGCGUUUCACGCGGGUCAACCAGACUCGCUCGUGGAACACGGGCAACGGCUCGCCCGACGCCAUUUGUUUCUGCGUCGACAGGCCCGGUAUCAUGAUCGCCGGCGUUGGAAUUUACGGUGGCGUGGGAGUCUACGAUUACGAGUUAGAAUUAUUGGACGACCGAAAUAAUUCCAGUAACGAUCCAUCGCACACUCAGCACUGGAGCAGUUUAGAUUUCACGAGAGGCUCUUUUGGUCCCGACGACUGCAUCAAUGACGUCGUCGAGCUCAAAUUCGAUAAACCCAUCCCUAUCAAGGAGAGAGUUAAAUACGCCAUAAGACUGAGAAAUCGCGGUGGCCGAACCAGUAACGGCGACGGUGGUUUAAGAAUCGUCAAAGGUCCAGAUGGUACUUCGUUCACGUUUUCCGCUUGCUCUCUAAGUUUUAACGGUACCACGCAGGCAAGAGGGCAGAUUCCACAUAUCUUAUACUAUUCGAAUCCUUUGGAUUCGAGCGAUCACCAUACGAGUAAGGCAAUGGCUGAGGUGCAAGCACGAAAGUGUACCUUAGCCAUGACAGCCACGAUAAUUCAGCGGGCCAAUGACAUACUCGCAUUAGCGAGAGAAAAAAUCGACCAAGUCAACGUCAACGAGAUUGUCGGUGAUUCGGCAUUCGUGACGACACUUUUGCCUCUGACUACAGCGUAUAUCAUUCCAUUAGCUACAUCCGACCCAAGGAGUGGAGUUCAAGUCCUAACUCUCAUACAAGAGAUGUUGCCUCACGUAACGGCAUUAAAUCUUAGCCUGGCGCUUAAAUCAUCGCAAUCGUCCCUCGGCCGUCAAGAGGGUGAAAAUCAGCAGGCACCGCAAACAACGUCUUAUUACUCUUCGGUAACCACAACUAGUCAUUAUUAUACGUGGUUGGAGAGCGAGCAUCCCUACCGGCCGGCCUCAGUUUCUUACUACAGAGCUACGUUUCCCGACACGGUCAAGUGGAUGACCGUCGAGUUCACCCCCGACUGCGGCACUGCGCAGCCCGAAGAUUAUUUGCAAGUGUACAUUCCGAAUAAUGAUGCCACUUCGUCAAAAACAACGGAGAACAUUAAUUUAGAAGAGAACUCGGUGUACUGUCCUGUACUGCAUAAACUCAGCAACGUUCAGAGUCAAUGGCCCCAAAAUGCAGUCGUUUUGCCUGGAAACGAAGUCAUAUUUUCUCUCGAAACCGCGUCCGACUACAUGAAGGACGAAAGAUCCAUCACUUACGGCUUCAAAUGUUUGGUUAUUGGUUACGACUGGAUACCGACCAACUCCGGACUGAAAAAUCUCGAAAUCGAAUUGUCGUUUCUCGGUGGUGCGUGCGCCGCUAGUCUGAUGAAGAAGAAUCUUGGACUACCCAUGGUACAGAACGAAUCCGAAGACGACAUGGAAGAAGAUCCGGAAUUGGCGCAAGAAACCGCGAAGAGGAUAUUCACGAUGCACUCGGCUUUGCUGGGCCGAGGAUUCGCGCUCGCGGCACCACCCACCGUGGCACAAGGCCUCGACGGCGUUCUUCCAUUCAGCUACCACUCGAACGAGCGACUGUUUCUGCGGGACUUGGUCUCGUGUACUCCCGGCACGAGCGGCGCUCGUCUGGCCCGAUGGCUCCAGCCGGACAGCUUCGUCGAUCCUGGGAAAUGCGAGAUCGUCUACGCUCGCGAGGAGAUGCGCUACGGGUGGCCCGCCGUCGUCACCCUAAUUACACGGGAUCAGUAUGGAGAAGUCGUUCACGUGCCCGGGCUCAAAAUCGAGGCGAAAGCCGUGCCGAUCGACAAGCGCGACCUGACGAGCGACCCCGAGCAGGGCAAAAAGAUCCGGCGCGUAUCGCAGCCCGACCCGAUGACCUUCGGCGGUCACUCGCAGCCCUGCCUCGACACGCCCUACGAGGUCACCGUGCUCGACGACCCCUACAAAGUCAGCUUCCACGCGAUCAGCAUCAUGAAGGCCUAUCGCAACUACUCGUUCGAGGAGCUGCGCUUCACCUCGUCCGCACUCAAGAGAUCCAGCGAGUCGAUGAUGGUGAUGCCGAACGGCGACGGCACCUACAGGGCCACCUGGACGCCCUUCUCCGUCGGCUGGUACUCCAUACAGAUCAAUAUCGACGGCUACGACAUGGAGGACAACUACAAAGUGGAGGUGAAGCGGCCGCCGCAGGGCAUGGAGCUACCGGCGCUGAGCAUGGCCAAGAAACCGCUGCACCUGCCGAAUCGGCUGCGCAAGUUCAUGGCGAAGAACAGCGCGGGCCUGAGGAUACGGGCGCAUCCGUCGCUGCAGAGCAAGCAGAUCGGCGUGGUGCCGACCGGCAACACGAUCGUCUACUGCGACGAGAUUCACAACGACGACGGAGUGUGGCUGCGGCUGAACGUCGAGACGAUCAACAAGUACUGCAACAGCGGCCACUUGGAGGCCUGGUGCCUGCAGUACAAUCAGCAUCUGGGCAAAACUCUGCUGCUGCCCGUGGAGGAGCCGAAAGCGUCGUCGUAUCAAUUGGCCCGAGAGACUCUGGAGAAGAAAAAAGCCGAAUUGAACGAUGAGAAGAAAAAAUCCGCCGGCAUAAGUCGUGGCAAGACAAUGGCCGUGGUGACUUGCGGUGCUUCCGGUCACAACAUCAGAAGCAGGCCAAGCUUGAAAGCUGGAGUUGUCGGGAUGUUGGCUCUGGGCAAUACCGUCACCGUUCAGGAAUACUUUGGGAAUAAAUACGGCACUUGGGUGCGGAUCGAUAACGAAUCGGCAAGCAAGUACUGUUUUUCUUCCGAAGGUGAGGCUUGGUCGUUGGCCAUCAACAAGCACGGAGUCGUUUACAUGAAAAUCACCCACGACAACGAGCUCAACACGAUGGAGAAAAAGCCUUUAAUGGCCGAAGUUUCACCUCUGAAUCAGACGCCAUCGAAGGCGAUAUCGAAUCACAGAAAUCACGAAGCUUUUGCUUCGGCGGCUUCCGACGGCCAAGAAAACGAACAGCAAAAUCACAAGUCAGAAAAUUCCUUUCAUAAUUGUGUCGCAUCUGUGGCACCGAUGACCAGCGGCCGCCCAGUCGACGUUCCGAAUAACUCCUUUCUUUUUGGUAAUUAUGGCGCGGCGGCGGCAGCAGCAUCGGCGACGAAGCAGCCCCAGCAGCAGCAAAACGACUCGCUGGCGAGUCACGAAAAAACACCAACCGAUUCGUCGAUCAAUUUGUCGAAAAAUCAUCUGAAAGACGGCAAAGCCUUCAAGGAGAAAGAAAGCGGUCCAGGUGCAGUGGGAAAGUUGAGCGUAUUGCAAAAGUGGCUCCGAGGCGAGGACAAGAGUCACAAUGAGAAGAAAAGUUCUCCGGGCAGGGACUUUUCCGAGUUCGUCGGAGUUUCCGUGAAAGAAUUGGUCAAGGCGAUGGGCGAAAGUCGGCAGAACGGAAACGGAGCCACGCCACCCGAUACACCGAGGCGAACGUCGCGAUGCUCGUCACCGAAAAAUCCGCCGAUCUCUAGUAGAUCGUCGAGUCCGAUCACCGUGCCUGCUGGGCCUAGUCGCCUACCUUUCGGUUCGGGACUCUUGCCAUCCGCUGUAAAUGUUCAAGGUACAAAAAGUACGUCAAAAGGUGGAGACAGUCCUGGAAACAGUCCAGUACAGCAUGGCUCUCCCAGAAGUAUUGGUAUUUCGCCUCUAGUUUCAGCCGAUAAAAUGGUGGACAGCAUAUCGCAGCGACGCGGAUCCACGCCGAGCGACACGUCGGCCCUCGUAAGCAGUUUGACGCGCGAUCCCUCGCCCGGUAACACUACUCGCGGCGAGCUGUCACCCAGCCCGAGUUUCAGCUCGCUGCACAUGCGCUCCGAGGAAAGUAACGUGAGCCCGCCGGAGACACCGCGCAAAGAAUUGCACUCGAGCAUUAGCUGCGACUCUCAAGACGCUCUGAAGAAGGUGUCGGAAGCUCAGACGCAGACCAGCCCCGAGAGCGUGACCACGGCCAUGAAGGGACACUUCUCGCCCGUCAAUGCGACCAACGCAACCAAGGAGGAUCGACACCUGUCCAAGUUAUACAGGCGCGAUCACACCAAAGUUGUUAAGAACCGAGUUAAACGCGCAAUAUCGCCGGCCAACAAUCACCAGAUACCCAGUCCGAGUCGCACCUUGAAUCUCAAUAAAGAGAAGGUGAAAGAGGCCAUAAGCCCGUCGGUGGCGGAAUGCCUGCGCGCCGUGUUCGCUGCGUUUCUUUGGCACGAGGGCAUAGUGCACGACGCCAUGGCAUGCGCGAGUUUUCUCAAGUUCCAUCCGAGCCUGCCCAAGCAACCGACGACGACGACGACGACGACGACGAGCCAACAACAAACUAGCGGCGGUGGCGGUGUCGCGCGCCAACAGUCAUCGACUUCGCCGGUGCUGGCGGCGGCCGAUCGACGACACGAGAUGAUGACGCGCGAGGAACGAGCCCGACAGAGGUACUCGGUCGAGGUGUCGAACGACGGCAACUAUUUGCACAUACAGCCGAGCACGUUGGAGAGCUUGACGAGAUCGGCCGCCAACGCCAACGCGAACAGAAGCCGCAAGAAGGCCGAUUCUUCGGCCGGCAAGGAGGACGCGGUGAACAAUGCCAACAAGCUCACGUCGCUGCCGGAAUUCGCGGCCAUCCUUCCGCCCGCGUUGAAGGGUUUGGUUCAGCUCUGGGAGGAGCUGUCGAUCAAUUGCCUGCAGGCUAUCGAUCAGCAGACCGUGGUCCCGAGCCCGCUGACUCAACCGCCGCCGAUCAAGCUGGGCAAGCGCGAGGCGGCCAAGUCCUCGAACAAGGAUCACGAGAAACGCCUGGAGAAGAAGAGCACCAGCGGUGGCUCGCGAAAAUCCGCGCCCUCGGCCAAGGUGCAGCCGCAGCAGCAGCAGCAGCAUCAGGUGGGACACGACGGCGGCGCUGCUGGUGCUGCUGCUGUUGGCUCGACCAACAACGCGGAAAAGGAGACGAUCUGCGAGCUCUGCGGACUGAAUUUUCCCCAUCCGGUGACGUAUCACAUGAAGCUCAUGCAUCCGGGCUGCGGCUGGCACGCCGGCGGCAACGGCUACAACAGCGGCGGUAAUUACUGCGUCGGCUGGGCAGGCAACUGUGGCGACGGCGGCGGCGGCGGUAACUCCUGGUACCUGCUGUGCGAUACCUGCCGAGACAAAUACAUGAAGAGUCGGAAAAACAAGCGCUAUCGACGCGGCAUCGGCGACGUUAAUAAACUCAUGUCACCGCUCGCUUCACCGGACAACGACGACACCCACAUGAUCGUCAAGAGCAACGCCAUGUUUCUGCUUGAUCUGGCCAGUGCGGCCGGCGUUAGUAUACCCAAGCAUCAACGUAGACCCUCGCAAACGCUGAGCUCGGUCGCCGAGAAUCACAGUCCGCCCGAGCCGGCUGGUCCGUUCCCGACUCAGGUCCCCUUUCAAUGCCUCCUGGCACUGGGAGUCAACAACUCGCAAAGUUACGAGGAUCACGUUUACGAGGAGCUGUUGAGGCGGCAGAACUCGCUGCAAGAUUCACAGGAAAAUUCGAUCAUCUUGGCUGCGAAUAGAAGGCCUCUUUCCGAGGGUCCAAUGAGCGACAGCGACAGUGACAGCGGAAAAAAUCGUGGCAUGUUUCACCGUUCGGUAUCGAUGUCUACAGGUGCACCGUGGGCCAAAAAUUCAAACGACGGUAGAAUCGUCAUGAUGAGAAAGAGAAACAAUAGCAGCAGUGAAUUAAACAAUGAUGCUGGUUCAUCGUUGCUGUGCUAUCCCUCGGCUGCUCUGCAAAAACUAUGCCCCAGCCUCGCUCAAUCUGCCGGUACCGGGACCAACAACUCGUCGCUCGACGAAACCAUCUCGCCCGCUCAAGAUAAGCCGGAUCUGCUCAUGCGACCCGUCAUGCUGUUCGUCCUGCAGCAGCACAACCUCCAGCACCUGCAGUUCGCCAUGAAGCAAGCGCUCAGGCGCGCCGCCUGUCGGGUCUACGCCAUGCAGGCGCUCAACUGGCUGCUGCGCAGCGUCACUCAGCCGAUAUGCCUGCACGACUUGCUCUGGUGGUUCGUGGCGUCGUUGACGCCGAUCCCACCCGAUCCCAUGGACGUCACCGAGGACGACAACAGAAAGAGAUGUCUGGAAAGGCGAAAGGAUCAUGAUAUGGUUGGUGUAUGCGAGCAUCCCUUGAGCGAUUUAGUCAUUGCCGGUGAGGCUGCAAAUCCUUUACCGACGGCGUUUCACAAUUUAUUACAAACCAUUGCCGAUUUGAUGCUUUUACCCGCACCAGGAUCACCUUUGCAACAAGCAGCCGUUCGCUGUUGGGCAAUUCAGUUCACCGCGGCCGAUCACAUGUUCCUACAUCGUAGUCACGUCUUCAGUAACAUCAGCAAAAUUCUGUCGCGCUCCGAAGAGGAAGAAGAUGCAGCCGUCAGCAUGCACAAGAGUCAUCAAUCUAACUUGUCCGGACAAUUUCUCAGCUCCGUCGAGACUCUGAAGGAUCUUACUCCUAAUGUUGCCAUCAAGACUUCAAGUAGACAAGCCAUGAUCAGUAGUUUAAUUGACAACUCGACUGAGACAUUUUGGGAGUCCGGCGACGAAGAUAGAGAUAAAACUAAAACUAUAUCGAUAACGUGCGCGCCAAGAUCUUUUCCGAGAAUGGUGUACAUUCACAUAGACAACUGUCGAGAUUUAACUCAUAAAGUGUCUUCCGUCACAUUUCAAUCAGGCAUCGAUACCGACGAAAUCGUCAAAUUAAAGACUGUCGAAAUAGAAAGUCGAUCAACUGGGUGGGUGAACUGUCCAAUUGUUAAUCCUAGACACGCCGUUGUAAGCCUGGAACUCAAGGGUCCUGAUAAUUCAUUAAGAGUAAGGCAAAUCAGAAUUCUAGGUGAAAUCGAAGGAGAAACGCUGAAGAUAGGCAAACAACUGAAUGCAACAACAAUUCAACAAAAAAAUUGCGAAGCCGAAACUUUGAAGGUUUUCCGUUCCAUAACAUCUCAGGUAUUCGGUAAAUUAAUACAAGGGGAACAACCAAACCAAAGUCAAAAUUCAUCCAUCCCUUGUGACUCGAACAACGAAGAAUUAGAAGAAAGCAAUGAACUUCGCGAACAUAUGGUUGGGAUUUUAUUCAGUAGAAGUAAACUUACUCACCUGCAAAAACAAGUUUGCACCCAUAUCGUUCAAGCCAUACGAAAAGAAACAACUCGGCUCAGAGAAGAAUGGGAGACACUUUUAUGCUCGCCGACUCCUGUUAACAGCGUAAUGAGCGAAAACAGCGAUUUACCCAAAGCCGCGGACACCUACUGCUUCGAAAUGCUAUCCAUGGUAUUGGCUCUCAGUGGCAGCUCGGUUGGAAGAAAUUAUCUUUCCCAUCAAGGCGCACUUCUCAAAGAUCUUCUGAGUUUGCUUCACACGGGCUCGGCUAGAGUUCAGAGGCAGGUGAUAUCGCUCCUGCGAAGGAUACUGCCCGAGAUAAAACCCGAAGCUUUCGCCGAAGCGAUCGGCGCUGAAAAACUACCACCGUCCGAUUUCAGCAUUAUAUCUGCCGCUGACAAUGGAUACGCUUUGAUGACGGAAUUCGACGAACACAGUAUGGCUAUUAUGGACGUGUUUCUCAGUUGCAUAGCCAAAGCACUGACCGUUCAAGUGAAAAUGAAAGACAAGGAAAACAACGGUAAGGCGUUGCAAUCGGUUUCAUUGGCUACCAGUAUUCAUCCGAAAAGUUUCGUCGGUGCCCGUUGGUGGCUGAGAGGCUGCAUUACUCGAAAAUUGGCCGAAGAAAUUAUUGUACUAUUAAAAGACAUGGCUACGGGCAAAUUAUCUGAUUCGUGGGCAUCCGUUACCAAAGCAGCUAUAGCAGAGAACAUAUUGAAUCUGACCAGAAUGACCGAAAAGAAUAGAGAUCCUACAAAAUGUUUACGAUCACCCACCCUCUGGCUGGCCUUGUCAUCUCUCUGCGUUUUAGAUUCCGAUCAUGUCGAGAGAUUAUCUUCCGGUCAGUGGACUGGGGCCGAUGGUCAACCACCACCUCCAAGACCCACUUGUAGCAAUCACGACGACGGCGAGACGACGGCGAUAAUCCAGUGCAACGUUUGCGGCAAUCUGUGCGCCGACUGCGAUCGAGUACUGCACCUUCAUCGACGCACGCGCAUGCACACGCGCCAAGUCUGCAAAGAGGAGGAGGAGGCCAUUCGCGUGGACCUGCACGAGGGCUGCGGUCGCAUGAAGCUCUUCUGGGUGCUCGCCCUGGCCGACAGUCAGACGCUCAAGGCCCUGGUGGAGUUUCGCGACGGACCGCCGCAGAAACCCGUGGGCGCCACCUCGGGCGUCUGCCGAUUCUGCGGCGCCACGGGCAACAGCGGCCUGCUGGCGAUCGGCAACGUCUGCUCGGACCACGAGUGCCAGGAGCACGCCAAGAACGCCUGCAGCAAGGUGCACCCGUGCGGCCAUCUGUGCGGCGGCGUCCGGGACGAGCGGCCCUGCCUGCCGUGUCUGCAGCGCUGCGUGCCGAGCUGCGACCUCAAGCAGGACGCCGACGACAUGUGCAUGAUCUGCUUCACCGAGGCCCUGGCCUGCGCCCCCGCCAUUCAGCUGCGCUGCGGCCACGUCUUCCACUUGCACUGCUGCAAGACCGUGCUGAUGAAGCGCUGGGUCGGGCCGAGGAUCACCUUCAGCUUCAGUCUCUGUCCGAUUUGCAAGGUGCCGAUGGAAAACGACAAUCUCAACGAGCAGUUGGUCAGCGUCAAGAGCUUGUACGAAGAUGUCAAGAGAAAGGCUCUCAUGCGAUUGGAGUACGAAGGUUUACACACAGCCGAAGCGGUGACAACGGUAGGCGGUCGAUACUAUCAAGAUCCAGCCUCGUACGCCAUGGACAGGUACGCCUACUACGUCUGCUACAAAUGCCAGAAAGCCUACUAUGGUGGCGAGGCCCGCUGUGACGCUCAGCAAGCCGGCGAAGUCUUCGACCCCACGGAGCUCGUCUGCGGAGGCUGCAGCGACGUGGCUCGCGCCCAAAUGUGUCCGAAGCACGGCACCGACUUUCUCGAGUACAAGUGCCGCUACUGCUGCUCCGUGGCGGUAUUUUUUUGCUUCGGAACGACGCACUUCUGCAAACCCUGUCACGAUGACUUUCAACGAGUCACGAACAUACCCAAGAGCGAGCUACCCACGUGUCCAGCCGGACCAAAAGCAAAACAAAUGGAAGGAGAAGAGUGCCCGUUGCACGUGAAACAUCCGCCAACGGGCGAAGAAUUUGCUCUGGGAUGCGGCAUCUGCCGCAAUGCGCAGACAUUCUAAAAUUCAUCCAAUCUUCAUUCUAACGGACGAUUAUCUUACGACAUAAGUCUAAUAUUUGCCAUAUAGCUGAUAAUACUUCAAUCGAAUUUCUAUGAUCGAGUGAGAACUUUCUACGUGUAAUUGUUUCUAUAGAAGCGCGUCGCCCGAAGAGCAUCGAACAUGAUUUUGACAGGAAUUGAACUACCGAACACGAUGCUAGAGUCGAGCGCGCUUAACUUAUUCAACUGAAAAAUAUGUGUGAUAAACGUUAUAAAAUAAUGAUUCGUUUACCGAUUAACGUUGUAACAUAUACCAGACAAAAAAAUGUGACGUCGCUCGAAGAGCGAUAAUAUCCAAAGACGGGAUUCUUUCCAUUAUGAACUAAGAUUUAAAUGUGUACAUGAAUACGUGUUACUGACUGUUACACGUAAAUCUCUGUGUGAGCGAGUUAAUGUGUGUGCAUGUGGUCGUAGAAUCGGCCUUUUCUCUGUAGACUGAAGUAUCUGAUUAUCCAAAAAAAAAAGUAAAAAAUAAGUUGAUAAUUAAAAAUUGAAUUGCCUUGGUCGAUUAUAAUACAGGGUGAACAUGAGCUAGACAAAUGUACGCGAAUGUUUGUAAUAAACUGUAUUUGAUUGUAUUGAUUUACGCUCUGCGAGGUUGUGUAUAGUAUUUUGAAUUAGCGAUAAUCGUUAUAGAACUUUUUUUGGCAUUAAAUUGUGCCGUAAACGUGUUCCGUUUAUUUGUAAGUGUAGAAAAAUGCCGGUGUGUACAGAACCGGCACUGCGAUCUCUUGUUUAUGCAUUCCUGUGUUAUACAAAGAAACCUCAGUUUUGUAUUUAUUUUUUUUUGUUAUCGUUAGAUGUAUCUCAUUUUUUUUACGAUUUGCCGCAAUUGUAUUUUUUGUUGUUAGAUGUAUCUUCUUUUUUUUCGACAAUUUUUUUGCCGCGAUUGUAUUUUUUUGUUUAUCUUUGAUAAUGCUAACAGUGUCGUACGCGCUAUGUGAAAUGUAUUAUGCGCUACGCUGUAAAAUCUCUAAAUAAUCGUGUAGAAUGUUUCGUGAUUGCUGUGAAAAAAAAAAUAAUGAAAUUCAAAAUCGAACGUGUUCUGAGCGAUACGAGCGAAUGCGUGUGUAAUUUGCUACUAAUAAUUUGUUAAAUAUUUUGUCUUUCAAUAUGUGUGUACAUUAAACGAAAGAGUUGAGAGUAAAACAAAAGCAUCGUCUUUUUCAAUGCUUCGAACCCCCUUCCGUCACCAUUAACUUCGCAGUUAUAAGCAGUUGACACA